AAACAAUUUCUCAAACAAAUUGAAACUGAGAAGUGCCACGAUUUUUUACUCGGUCUCGACAAAGACAUGUUUGGGGUCCUGCGUUCGAAUAUACUCAGCCAAGAGGAGCUGCCUUCCCUGACUAAGUUAUACAACAUUAUCACCCAAGAAGAACGUCAUCGCAACAUGAUCCGAGGUCGGGAAGAAAAACCGGAGGUUACCGCUUUUGUUGUGAGACAGAGUGCACCUACACAAGACGGCGAGCAGAAACUUGUGUGUGGGUAUUGCAAGAAAAAUGGACAUGAUACCGACCAUUGCUUUAAACGCAUUGGGAAAUAUCCCGAGUGGUGGUUUGACAACCUGGGAAGAGGACGCGGUGGACGAGGUCGUGGGGCAGGAAGGGGGCGUGGAAGGGCAGUUGCAAAUGCGGUGACGCACACAUGUCCUGAAGACACUGCCGCACAGCCCAAUGAAGACAAGGCCGAGUCUUCUGCCUCACGAGUGCCACCGAUGUUCACCAAUGAGCAGUGGCGUGUUCUUGUGAAAGCGGUGGAGAAUUUUUAGGUCGCUUCAUCUAAUGAAAAGUUGACAGGCCCUACCUACGAGGACGCCGAUUGGAGUGGGUAGAAGAUGCGGGGGGGGGGGGGGGGGGGGUCUACUAUUUUCACAGUAUGGAAGAAAUUUGUGCACAUCAAGUGGGAAUAGUGGACUUAACGGACUUAUGGCAUGCACGAUUGGGACACCCUUCAGCUUCAGUAGUGCGUAAAGUUUCGAGUUUUACUAAUAAUAUUCCUAGUUCUCAGUUAGAAAAUAAGGCUUGUGAUGCAUGUUUACGUGCUAAACAAACUAGAGCCGUGUUUGAUUUAAAUUCCGCUCGUGUUAUUGAAUGUUUUGAAAUGAUUCAUUGUGAUGUAUGGGGUCC